AUGUUUUAGAAUAAUCCCAUUUACAGAUCUCAGAGCAUCAUAACUUAGGAAAGAAUAGAGAUAAACUUAAAUUCUAAUUUAUUUGGAUUCAGAUAUUUAUUAAAUGCCAAUAUAAGCUUAGAUUAAUUAAAAUCUCAAAAUAAUAAAACUUACUUAUUUAACUAUGCAUUAUUCUAUUAUUCUGAUAACUAAAAUAAUACAUAUAUAAAUCUUGAUAUAAUAAAAUAUACAGAUCCUAAUUUAAGUGAUUAUUAUUGUUUAGACUUUACCAAACUGCAAAAUAAUACUUUGGCUCUUAGUGUAGUUGAUAAUAUUUACUCUUAUAUAGCAACUAUUACUUAUGGAUGCUUAGACCUUGAUACUAUCAAAAUUUCUAUCCCAAAUGACUGUGCAACUUAAAGUGAAAUUGAUUAAGUUAGAAAUGGUUAUAAUUCAGGAAUUAGACUUAAAUUAUUUACAUCUGAAUUUUAUUCCAGUACAAAGAGUGAAUAAGUCAAAUACAGAAAUUAUUAUUCAUUCACUUAGGCAAAUCAAAUUGCUUUUACAACAUUUAGGAUAUAAAAAUAAGAUACUAUAGUAAAUUAAGGAAUUUUAAUAUAAUAACAGUCACAAUUUACUUCGCCUAUCCAAUAUAAUUCCUUUUACUAAAAUUUUGAUAGAUUAACUUUCCAACUAUCUCUGAAAUAUUAGCUCUUGGAAACAGUAUUUUGA